GCAAAGUGAUCCGCACAAUCCGCUUCUCAUCUUUUGGCUGCAGAACACCUUCACUCAAUAGCGGUGUAGUCUUCUCUCAUCUUCUUUUAUCAUGAAUGUAAUGUUCACCGUCCUGUAUCUCACUCUUGGUUUGAACAGCCUUGCCCUAUCUUCCCGAUCUUGCCCCCAAGAACCGAAAGCCUAUACCAUUGAUGAAAUGGAAAAAAUGGUUUAUGCGGUAGCCCAAGAAAAAGGAGUGCCACCUACAGUGAUACUCAAUCGGAUUAUGAGAAAAGUAAAGUACAGACAAAGAACUCAAAAGGUGAAACCGAAAAAUCCCCUACAAGAUUUAGCUCUUCAAGAACUGAUUGGAACAAGGUAUCGUCCACCUCCUCCCGGAGUCGAAAAUGAGCCUGAUUUCUUACCACCGCAGGGACAAUCAUCAUCUCGAACAUUAUCGUCUUCAGCAAGAUAUCCACCUCUUCGACUGCCUGCACAUCCUUUGCCUCCUACUUCUGAGCAUGGUGGUCUCAUGACGGGGGUUUUUAUGUCUGGAUUCAUGCCCAAAGCUCCUCCUCAGCAACAGCAGCAUCCACAGUCAUUCUUCAUCCCGAUACAGAAUUUGCAACCACCGCCUGGCGUAACAAUUCGUGUGGAAGCAGGAAUAAGGGAUGGCGUUCUACCCGAUGUCAUCGUGACCCUCUCACCAAUGAUGACCAUCGUGGAAGCACUAAAACAAGCAGAAAGCAAAUAUCGCUCCUAUCUCGGCCUCUCUCCAGUCUCUGAUGAAGAAGUCAUUUCUUUCAGUCGUUCAUCAGUUGCGGAAUGCUACGUUAUUGGAAGUUUCAACAAUGUCUCCUCAGACGAUAGAGGCUAUUGGAAGAUCAUUGUCAGCGAUAAAGGAGGGAAGGUUAUUUAUGACAGCAUUUGUUUACCAAGCAGAAAUGAGGUUGCUGUAAGGCCUGGGAUGACAAUAACGCUCCUGUACACUCUGAUUUAAUCCUUUUUUGGUUUUUCUGCAACAAAAAAAAUGUCUACUCUUUUGCACUUAACGUGAGAUUUGUCUUUUGAGUAAAUAUGUAAAUAUCCCGUUCGUUUUAUUGUU